UCUCCCUCCCGCUCUCCUAUCCCCCUCCCUUUCUCAUGGUCAGUCAAUCAGAGCUUUCCAAGAGCAGUGAGAGGGAGCUUUGGACUGACUGACAGACAUUGGUCAGGGAGAGAGGCAGAGUAUCCAGGGAUACAGUGGUGACGGUUCUGCAGAGUCACAUGAUUAAGGCAGCCCCUUGAUGACAAAAACCCUUGACUUGUAGGCACCUCCACAGCAGAGUUCAUCCCUCUGCCCCAGCCUUUCUUUGAUAACUGUAAUCAUUUAAAAAAAAAAAGUGAAUUGCCCUCCCCCUCCACCUGUAGGCAACUUCCUGCCCAAAAUGCCUCUUGUCCCAUCCUUCCUCCUCCUGCUCCUCGCCUGCCCUGCCCUCCUGACCCCAUCAGGUUCCCAGAGCCUGCAGACUGGGGGUCAAAGGGCACCCAGGAACACAAAGCCAGAGGGUGGCGGGCAGCCAAUCAAAGUGGUGAUCUCUGAGGCGUGUGUUCAGGGGGACUCCAGUCAGAAUCAGGGAAAGGAACUGGACCUUGAGCCUGGUUCCCCUCUAGUCCUUACCCAUCGGAUCCGACUGGUUCCGGGGUCGUGCGGAGGCGGGUGCGAAGCCGAGUUUGCUGCCCUGCGAGACCGUCUGGAGAGGCUGGAGAAGGAGGUGUCUGCCCUGAGGGAGAAGUGUGGAGGCCCAGAGGGGGGCUGCUGCACGUCCCAGCAGAGCAAAGGCGCUGAGUGCUCCAUCAAGCCGGAGGGAGACGAGUGUCCUAACGAGUGCAGUGACCAGGGACGCUGUGAGGACGGCAAGUGUGUCUGCUUCCCAGGGUUCAGUGGGCCAGACUGCAGUUUGUCUGACUGCCCCGGCAACUGCAAUGACAAGGGGAAGUGUGUGAAUGGCCAGUGUGUGUGCGACCCAGGUUUCACAGGGCCAGACUGCUCUUCAGAGUCCUGUCCUGGUAACUGUAACAACAAGGGGCUAUGUGUGAACGGCAAGUGUGUGUGCAACACUGGCUUCACAGGCCCCGACUGCUCCACCAAGGCAUGCCCUGGUAACUGUAACAACAAGGGGCAAUGUGUGAAUGGCAAGUGUGUGUGCAACACUGGCUUCACAGGCCCCGACUGCUCCACCAAGGCAUGCCCUGGUAACUGUAACAACAAGGGGAAGUGUGUGAAUGGCAAGUGUGUGUGUGAUAGCGGUUUUACAGGGCCAGACUGCUCCACCAAGUCCUGCCCUGGCAACUGCAGCAACAAGGGGCAAUGUGUGAACGGCAAGUGUGUGUGCAACACUGGCUUCACAGGCCCCGACUGCUCCACCAAGGCAUGCCCUGGUAACUGUAACAACAAGGGGCAAUGUGUGAAUGGCCAGUGUGUGUGCAACACUGGCUUCACAGGCCCCGACUGCUCCACCAAGGCAUGCCCUGGUAACUGUAACAACAAGGGGAAGUGUGUGAAUGGCAAGUGUGUGUGUGAGAGCGGUUUUACAGGGCCAGACUGCUCCACCAAGUCCUGCCCUGGCAACUGCAGCAACCGUGGAAAGUGUGUGAACGGCCAGUGUGUCUGCGAUAGCGGCUUUACGGGGCCGGACUGUUCCGCCAAAGCAUGUCCCAAUAACUGCAGCAACAAGGGAAGGUGCGUGAACGGGAAGUGCGUGUGUGAAGUGGGCUUCACUGGGCAGGACUGCGCCGCUAAGGGCUGUCCCGAUAACUGCAGCAACAAAGGGCGCUGUGUGAAGGGGAGGUGUGUGUGUCGCCGUGGUUUCGCCGUCCCGGACUGCAGCCAGUGUGAAGCUGGGUUCACUGGAGCUGACUGUGGCACCGCCAUGUCUGGUGUGUCCCAGCUCAACACCAAGGACGUCACUGAAUCCUCUGUCACCCUCUUCUGGACCCCACCUCCAGUCCAGUAUGACACCUACCAUGUCACCUUCGCCAGCCAGAAAGAGGGCGAUCAACAGAUAACAUCUCAAGUUGGAGGCAAGCUCACGGCCUACACCCAAACAGGCUUGGCGGCCGGGCAGGAGUACACGGUGACAAUCAAUGGAGAAAUAGAUGGGAGAAUGGGCGCUGAGAGCACAGCAGAAUUCACCACUCUUAUCUCUGGUCCCACAAACCUUCAAGUUGUGAAGACAACCACAACAUCUGCAGUUGUCCAAUGGGAACAAUCGCAAGGAGACAUCGACAGGUAUCGCUUAACUGUUACACCCAAUCAGACAGACGGAACAGCCAAGGGAAGACAAGACCUGACCCUGCCCCCUGAGAGGGACUCUGCCCAGAUUGACGGUUUGGACCCGGGACAUUUGUAUGACAUCACAUUAGUGGCUGAAAAAGGCGGGAUCAAGAGCAAGCCAGCAACAGUCCAAGUCACUCCUGGAAAAUCCACAAAGACAAUAUCCAGGGUGACCAUGCCGGUAGCACCAGGAGUAGAAAGCCAUGAGGGAGACUCAGCAGGGAAUACAAAUCCUGUGAAGGACAUCUUCCACACGAAGGCCAAGGGUGAAGAACCAGAGAGGGUGAAGGAUUGGAGUGGACCAGGCUCUGUAACAGUCGAAGGCACCAAUGGAACCAGAGAGGACACAUCUGUUAGAACCAGUACAAGACCACUUGUCAACAGAAACUACAGGGUUAUACCUAAAACAGGUGAUAGAAUAACCUUGCCCAGGAAGCCAUACAUUGGAGGCUCUAUCCAUUUUAAUGGUACAAGAGUUGGCCAGGGUGGGAGGAGAGUGGGUCACAGUCUUCUGAAAAAGCCUACAAGCAGAAAUCCUUUGGUGGGGCCAAAGGUCAAGAAGACCUUGGAUACUGACUCUAAACCAGAAAAUCCCUUUGUUGGGGACAAGACUAUAGCCUUAACUGUGAAAGAAACUAACCUGGAGACAAGUCCUCUUGGAGAAAAAUAUGAAACUUUGCCAAAGACAUAUCCUGUCAGAAUCCUUCCUGUAAAUGCCACUCCAAGCUCUGGUUCUGAACAAACAGUGAUUCCUGGCUUAAAGGACCUACCCGAUAGAAAAAAAGAUACAGAGAUUGAGCCAGGGCCAGGGACAGAGGGUUUGGAGCAUACCACCACAUCAGAAAAAAAUACUACGGUUCACCCGAAUGGGAAGAAAUGUGUCAACAAGGUUAAAUUGACACACAGGAAAGUCAAUGUGACACGUAGAGAGAGAGUCAUUGGAGGGAGGGUGAAUGGCACAAUAGUUCAAAGUAAACCCGCAACAGAGCAGGGUUUAGCUGAAAAAGAGGACAGUGCCCUAAAAGUGUCUGAAACAGGAGAUUCAAAGACAACAUUUCAGGAGCGUAACCUGGUAAUUCACACACAGAGUGAAGCAGAUGACAUUCCUCCACACACCACACAAAGUCCUACAUAUCCAGCUUCCUCUUCACCAGUAUCACCUACUUCCUACAUGUCACUUUCUUCUUCAGCUCCCGCAAAACAUGAUGAAUCAAUGACCGGCAUGGGUCAACCUAUGACUGACAGAGACGUGGUGAAUGCAAAGACUUUGCCUGUUCCACAAUCAUCCAACCUCCCUCCAGAGAGGGAGCCAACAUCCUCCAGUGAAUCAGAACAAAAUGGUAAAGGACCAUCUCCCUCCAACCCUGAGGACUCAUACUCAGGUAAAGAUCAUGUUGCAGUAGCAGAAGUGGGUGUCAGCAAAGAUGGAGAGAAAACCGCUAACGUGGGAUUGUUCGGAACCAAACAAAACAAGACAAAGACUCUGAGAGUGGGCGGCUCACCACCUUUUCGCCGCCUACCUCCAAAGGGGCCCUACCAACGCCGCCCGAACCUAAAUAUGAGACCGUUUCAAAACAGGACACGUUCACCUUUUUCAGCUCCCACAAAACAAAAUGAAUCAAAGACCGGUACGGGUCAACCCAUGACUGACAGACAACUAGUGUUUCCAAAGACAUUAGCGGUUUCCCCAGCACAAUCCUCAACCCUCCCUCCAGAUGCUCAGCCAGAGAGAGCGCCAAAGUCCUCCAGUGAAUCAGAACACAGUGGCAAAAGCUAUUCAUCAUCAUCCUCCACUUCAGAGGAAUCAGACUUAACUAAAGAAAAUGUUGCUGUGGCAGAGGAUGGUAUCAGCAGAGAUGGGGACAGGGCAACUGACGUGGUGUCGUCUGGAACUGAACGGAACAGGUCAAAGACUCUGACACUGGGCAGCACACCACCCUUACGCCGUCUACCUCCGAAGGGGACCCAGCAACGCCGUCCACACCCAAAUAUGGGCGCAUUCCCAAACAGGACACGAACAAACCUGAGACCCCCUCAGCAUCCAUCAAGAGGCCCCAUACGCAGGCCUUUCCCACCUAAACUGACAAACAGGGACAACGGCAUCACCAUUCAAACCCCUCAACCAGGGGAGCAGGGCACCUACAGCACCAGCCAGAAUGGCACAAACACAGACCUUAAGCCCAAAACUCUCCUCAAGAAAACAAAUGCCACAGCUGGUAAAAUAGCACGAGGUCAAACAUACAUAAGAAAUAACAGUAGCUUGAGCCAAAGGGGCCAAGAUUCAAAAACAGGCCAUCCUGACCAAAGUAGCCAAGUGAGUAAGAAUGCUGACUCAAGAGACAGCCCAAACCAGAUAAAUGGAUCAGAUGUCACUACUGCUGGAAAAACAGGCCAGCCUCUAAACUCAGUGGGGGUUCAAAGCAUAACCUCAGGAGGGUUCAUACUCGUUUGGGGAGCACCAGAGGGGAUGUACAGAAAUUUCAUAGUAACCCGGGAAGAGCAUGGAAGUAAGAAUGAGGCAGAGAAAGAGGAGGAAAAGGAAGAGGAGGAGGGGGGGAGUGAGUCAGAGGAGGAUAGGCAGGAGGAAGGGGAGGCGGAGGGACAAACAGAGAAGGAGAACAAGGGGAAUGAGGAGGAAAGUGAAAUGGGGGUGGGCCAAGGUAAGGAGGGCGGGGAGGAGAAUACUGUUACCAAUAGCAAAAGUGAUAACCAAAGACAGAGCAGCGACAGUAAUGCUACGGCUAAAGUUGAUGACGGUGGUACAAUCAAAUUCUCCAAAGUCCUUCCUGGGUCGGCUCGCUCAUUCCCAUUCCAGAAUCUCCAUCCACAGACCCGCUAUUCCCUGUCCGUGUUUGGGAAGGGUCCCGGACUACACUCCAAAAUUCACAGACUCAUCGUCAGCACAGGCCCAGAGCCUCCCUCAGGUCUUCUCUUCAGUGAAGUGACUGAGACGUCUUUCUCUGUGUCCUGGACCAAGCCAAACAGUCCAGUGAGUGGCUUCAAGGUCACCUACACUCACACACAGGAAGGGGAGCCUGUCUCCGUAAUGGUGGACUCUGGGGAUUCCACACUGGCACUGUCAAAGCUCUCUCCGGGGUCCCCCUAUGAGGUCAGUGUGAUAUCCGUCCUUGGACUGGACGAGAGCGAUGCAAUCAAAGACCUGGUUAUGACACUCCCUGACCCUCCAACGGAUCUCCAGGCCAUUAAUGUCACAGACACCAAGGCCUUGCUGCUAUGGCGACCAGCACUGGCAACGGUUGACCGUUAUGUCAUAGUUUAUGGCUCUGAAAAAGGGUCAGAUGAUGUGAAGAUCACUGUGUCGGGCAACGCGGCGGAGCAGCAGCUGAAGGACCUGCAGGGCUCCACUAUGUACACCGUCAAGGUCACCAGUCAGUUGGGCAACCUGGACGGCGCUCCCGCCAUCACUGUCUUCACCACCACCAGUGGAUCCGAGGGAGACGGGGAAGUCCCGCGUGACCUGAAGGCCAGUCAGGUGACUCCUCGCUCAGCGUUGCUGACGUGGAAACCACCCUCUGCCGCCGUGGGAAGCUACAAGCUGACCUAUCAGACGGAGGGACAGGAGAUGCAGGAGGUUACCAUUGACGCCACAGUAACGGAGUUCAAGUUGACCAGGCUGCAUCCCAUGUCCAAGUACACCGUGCAGCUACAAGGGGAGAGGGGAGGGAGCUAUACUGCUGCAAUUUCCACUGAGUUCACCACAGGGAAUCUCCGGUACCCCUUCCCAAGUGACUGUUCCCAGGAGCUGCUGAACGGGAUGCGUGAGUCUGGAGAGGUGGAGAUCUUCCCAAAGGGAAGGCAGGGAAAACCAGUGUUGGUCUACUGCGACCAGGUGACUGAUGGAGGCGGCUGGACGGUCUUCCAGAGAAGGAUGGAUGGGAAAACUGACUUCUUCCAAGGUUGGAAGAACUACAGCAAAGGAUUUGGAGAACUGAGUGGGGAAUUUUGGCUGGGUAAUGAGAACCUACACAAUCUAACCAGCAUGGCACCAAUGACCCUACGUGUGGACCUCCGUGCAGGGGACGAAUCCGUGUUUGCCAAGUACUCCACGUUCAUGGUGGACACUGUUAGGAGGAACUACGCUCUCAAAGUGUCUGGGUACAGCGGUACAGCAGGUGACUCUAUGAGUUACCACAACGGGCGCAUGUUCUCUACCAGAGACAGAGACCCCGCGCCUUUCAUCACCCGCUGCGCCAUGUCCUAUAGGGGGGGUUGGUGGUAUAAGAACUGCCACCAGGCCAACCUUAAUGGCCUCUACGACACCAAUGUCAAUCACCAGGGUUUGAUCUGGACUGCCUGGAAAGGCAAGGAUUAUUCCGUCCCUUUCACUGAGAUGAAGCUCAGACCAACAUCUUUCACCCCUCCAACUCAGGGGUAAUGACAAAGUGGUGGACAGAAAAUGAGAAGGGGAGAGAGGCACACUUUAUGAACACACACACACACACAGCCAGGUAACUGCCAAAAUAAAGGAAACACAAACAGAUAGUGUCUUAAUAGGGCAUUGGGCCAUCACGAGCCAGAACAGCUUCAAUGCACCUUGGCAUUGAUUCUACAAGUGUCUGGAACUCUUAUGUAGGGAGGCGACACCAUUCAUCCAGAGAAAUUCCAUAAUUUGGUGUUUUUUGAUGUUGGUGGAAAACGCUGUCUCAGAAACUCCCAUAAGUGUUCAAAUGGGUUGAGAUAUGGUGACUGACACACACACACACACACACACACACACACACACACACACACACACACACUUUAAACCUCCUAUGCUCCUUUGAGACCCCUCCUUCAAAGUCACUGAGAUCUCUUCUUCUAGCCAUGGUAGCCAAAAUAAUGGGGCAACUGGGCAUUUUUAUACAUGACCCUAAGCAUGAUGGGAUGUUAAUUGCUUAAUUAACUCAGGAACCACACCUGUGUGGAAGAACUUGCUUUCAAUAUACCUUGUAUCCCUUGUUUACUCAAGUGUUUCCUUCAUUUGGCCAGUUUCCUGUACAUAAGCACACAGGCAAACACACUCAAUCCCACAUGCAUACACAGUACAUCCACCUAUUAGCUAUAGUUGAAAAAUCUCCAAAUGCCUUUCUCUCCAGACUAAAGCGAUUCGAUUUUUUCAAAAUGUAUAAAGGACAGUUAUCCAUCCGUAUGUUAUAUUGUACAGUUUCUAGAUUAUCUUUGCAAUGUCCUUUAUUUUUUUUACUCAAAGUGUUGUGGCACCCCUCGCGUCAGCUGUAAAAAUGUAUGCACUGUCCCCUCGCUAUGAUGGUACAACCGUGGAAAUGAGCGGGUGAAUAAUGGAGAUUUGUUUGUACUUGACUGGUAAUUCUCAAGUUGUGUCCUUUGUCUUAUUUGUGGUUGUAUGUCCUGUAUUUUCUGUUGCCCCAAUUCUCAAAUUGUAGUUGCAACAAUAAUAAAAUAAUGGUGGAACAUAGGCAGCAGAAGCCGCUAACUAAAAUGAUUUUAUUGA